AUGUCGAUCGUUUUCCGAGCUCAGGCUUCAGCUAUUUCCCCGGACGGCAAACCACUACCACCACCCGUAGGCAACAACAGCAAUGACAACGUCCCACUUAUCAUUGAUUGUCCUCGUUUGCCACCAAGGGAAGGUGCAAAAUCAGUCCAAGAUCUUCGACCUGAUGAUAUUCGUUUAGUAAUGGGUAUUGGCGAUAGUGUCAUGGCUGGUUUUGGAGCCAAAGGUAUUGUCAACAAUCGUUUCAUCAGCUUGAAUACUCUCAAGGAGAACCGUGGUGUGUCAUUUGCUAUGGGUGGUGAUCCAGGUGCUAUGACGGUACCAAACUUGAUCCAAUACUACUCGCCUAAUUUACUUGGCUCCUCUGUGGGCGAUCACAUGAUUUCGAUUUGUUUUGGAGACGAGAUUUGUCCAAAGGGCCAAUAUCGAGAAUCCAUUGACAAGAUGAAUGCAGCUCAGUCUGGUGCACGUAGCCUAAAUUUGGACCAUGAAAUUGAUUACCUACUUGAAAGGCUUGACGAGUUGUAUCAUGAUCAACAAAUCCAACCCACGGAUUGGAAAUUGCUCACUUUCUUUAUCGGCUCUAAUGACAUUUGCCAUUCAUGCACCACACCAACGUCACUACCUAUCCCUUUCGCUAUAAACGCCGCUGAUGCAAUCGAUCGUAUCCGCAAAAGCAUUCGAAACGUCUUGGUUCAAGUAGUGGGUGUCAUGCGUGUCGAUGAAAUCUUUAUUGAAACACAAGCAUAUCCAGAAUACUGCCAGCCAUUUCCACGCAGUAGCUUUGUCAUGCAUGAUCAUGAAUGCGAAUGUGCUCACUCGGAGGCGAACAGGACCAUCAUGAGAACGUUGACACCACAAUACAACACGGCUCUUGAAUCGAUCGUAUCUCGAUAUCCGUCCAAUGAUACCUUUGCCGUAGUAUUCCAGCCGUUGAAAAUGGAUGUCUCUAGCUUUCCAAUUCAAGUCAUUAGUGAUGUCGAUUGCUUUCACCCAUCCGUAGUUGGGCAUAGCUGGUUUGCAAAGGAACUAUGGCAGAUGAUGUUUCUACCAAGCCAACAAAAGCAAAUGACUCUCAAGUUUAAUGAAAAUGCACCAAUUUAUUGUCCAACCGAAGCUGAUAGAUUUCGAGUUGACUGA